GAUGACUUCAAAGAAAUGGAAAGAAAAGUAGAUGUUACCAGCAGAGCUGUGAUGGAAAUCAUGACUAAAACAAUUGAAUACCUUCAACCCAAUCCAGCUUCCAGAGCUAAACUCAGCAUGAUCAAUACCAUGUCCAAAAUCCGUGGCCAGGAGAAAGGACCAGGCUACCCUCAGGCGGAAGCCCUGCUCGCGGAGGCCAUGCUCAAAUUUGGAAGAGAGCUUGGGGACGACUGCAACUUUGGCCCAGCGCUGGGUGACGUGGGGGAGGCCAUGCGGGAACUCUCAGAGGUCAAAGACUCUUUGGACAUGGAAGUGAAACAGAACUUCAUUGACCCCCUUCAGAAUCUUCAUGACAAAGAUCUGAGGGAAAUUCAGCAUCAUCUGAAGAAGUUGGAGGGUCGACGCCUGGACUUUGAUUAUAAGAAGAAACGACAAGGCAAGAUUCCAGAUGAAGAGCUCCGUCAAGCUCUGGAGAAAUUUGAUGAGUCUAAAGAGAUUGCCGAGUCAAGCAUGUUCAAUCUCCUGGAAAUGGAUAUUGAACAAGUGAGCCAGCUCUCUGCGCUCGUACAAGCCCAGCUGGAGUACCACAAGCAGGCGGUCCAGAUUCUGCAGCAAGUCACCGUCAGGCUGGAAGAAAGAAUAAGGCAAGCUUCAUCUCAGCCUAGAAGGGAAUAUCAGCCUAAACCUCGAAUGAUAGCUUCUGUGGAGUUAAAUACCCCUGUCCUUUUGUGUUCUUCUCUCCCCCUCUUACACUCAGGUGUCCCAAUGGAUCAGCCCUGCUGCCGAGCUCUGUACGACUUUGAACCUGAAAAUGAAGGGGAGUUGGGUUUCAAAGAGGGAGAUAUCAUCACACUCACCAACCAAAUUGAUGAGAACUGGUAUGAGGGAAUGCUUCACGGCCAGUCAGGCUUCUUCCCCAUCAAUUACGUGGAAAUUCUGGUUGCCCUGCCCCAUUAGGCCGUUGUGCUGGCUGGCUCACCUCCUGUUGGCCCAGAUAGCUAAGUCGAACCACUGCUUUGGUAAUGCUGCUUAUGACACAUCCCAAGUGCAGGCCGCAGUGGUCCAAG